GAAAAAAAAAUGCCCAAAAAGAAGACGGGUGCCCGUAAGAAGGCAGAGAGCCGCAAAGAAAGGGAAAAACAGCAGAGAGCUGCAAGAGGCACUGUAGAUCUUGCCAAACACCCUUGUAAUGCUUCUAUGGAAUGUGACAAAUGCCAAAGGCGGCAGAAGAACCGGGCUUUCUGCUAUUUCUGCAGUUCUGUACAAAAGGUGCCCAUGUGUGCCCAAUGCGGAAAGACCAAAUGCAUGAUGAAAUCCUCAGACUGUGUAAUUAGACAUCCCGGUGUUUAUAGCACUGGUAUGGCUAUGGUGGGUGCAAUCUGUGAUUUCUGUGAGGCCUGGGUGUGCCACGGCAAGAAGUGCCUAAGUGUCCAUGCGUGCAGCUGUCCCCUGACCUCUGCCGAAUGUAUUGAAUGUGAAAGAUCAGUCUGGGACCAUGGUGGCAGGAUAUUCUGUUGCUCCUUCUGUUACAACUUCCUGUGUGAAGAUGACCAGUUUGAACACCAGGCAAGCUGCCAAGUCUUGGAAGCAGAAACCUUUAAAUGCGCCUCCUGCAAUCGUUUAGGUCAACAUUCAUGCCUGCGCUGCAAGGCAUGUUUCUGCGAUGAUCAUGCUCGAAGCAAAGUUUUCAAGACUGAGAAAGGCAAGGAACCCCCCUGCCCGAAGUGUGGCCAUGAAACACAACAAACAAAGAACCUUAGCAUGUCUAUACGAACACUCAAGUAUGGCAGGCAGAGCGGAGCAGAUGAGGACGAAAAUGGAGCUUCUGGCUAUGACAAUUAUUGGAAGAAUCUGGCUUCUGGUGGCACCAAUACGUACGAUGAUGACGAUGAUGAGGAGGAGGAAGAUGAUGAAGAUGAUGAAGAUGAGGGUGAUGAGGAAGGAGAAAAGGAUUCUGAUACCGAGGCCACAGAUCUUUUCGGCCACUUGAACUUGGGCAGGACGUAUGCCAGUGGCUAUGCCUACUAUGAAGAGUCUAAAGACUGAGUUAAUAUUGUGUGCCCUAUAAUAAGAAUGUGGUAGCUUUGCUGCUUUCUAAGUUAUGAAGCAGCAGUGCCUCAUACAAUGUGUACGAUUUCAAGUAGGUCUAAACCCUAACUGGCCAAUAUUUAGUUUGCUAAAGCAUU